AUGAGGUCUACCAUCUCGCGUGCCUUUGUACAGGCUUCUCUUCUCUCGCUUGCCUCUGCUUCUCCCGCUCCAACUGUUUUCGCCAAUGCUGCCCCCGCCGAUCCCGUCAUUACAGCUUCCCCGGUCCAGCAGAAUCCUUCGCCGGUCGUUGCCCGAAACAUCUUGAGCGACGUAGAAUCCGAUGUCGAUAAUGUGCUUUCGGGGCUUGGGUCGGGCCUGCCCUCAUGGGUCGCGUCAGGAGUACCCAAUUUCUUCCAGGGUUUCCCCACUGGAGACGCAGUUGCGAGCUCCCUCGGGUUGGACGACGACGAUUUGGCCGCACUACCGACCAAUGUGUUGAACAUUGACCCUUACGCCAAUUGGACCAAUUCGGGCUGGAACGUUCGGUUCCAUGGAAAUGUCUACAAACAGCCAAACACGUCUGUCUCAACCUUGAACAAGCUUGCCGAUGUCUUCCUGGUCAACACGAGUAUCUCAGACCUUCCAAAGUCUCAGGCGGAUCAGGCGCGUAACCUGACAGCUGAGAUCUUUGUUGUUCAGCAGCCAGAAGUUGCUGUGAACACGAUCCACCUGCAGCCUGCAGCUGGCCAGGGAUCAAGCGGACAGCCAGGCGGCGGUGGGUCAUCUAACACGACUGGUGGCACCCAGGAUGUUACGUUGCCCUACAACACAACCGUCGAAGGAGACUUCGAUACCUUUGUGCCAAUCGCUAGUAAGGGCCUCACCGCAGGAAAUGAGACCUCGGCAAUCCAGAGACUUGACGUUCAUGUCAAGAACGCCACCAUUGGAAAUAGUACUGCAUAUCUUGUACCUCCUACUGGAAUUACCAUUGUCUCCGACAUUGACGAUAUCCUGCGUGUCACCAAGAUCUACGAGCCGGAGCAAGGAUUGAUCAAUUCUUUCGCUCGUCCAUUCACAGCUUGGGAGAACAUGCCUGACAUUUACCGAAACUGGUCUACCAGCCUACCAGACCUGCAUUUCCACUAUCUUACUACCACGCCUGAGCAAAUCACGAGGAACUACAUGGAGUUCAUUUACACCCACUACCCCGGCGGCUCCUUCGACACACGCCCUCUUAAUUUCAGCGACGUCUCCGCCACCCUCUCGAUCCGCAAGUUCUUAUUACAAAAGGUCUUUGAAACCUUCCCUGAACGCAAGUUUAUCCUGGUGGCAGACACCAGCAACAGUGAUGUCAUGCGCGACUACCCUAAAAUGGCAACCGAAUUCCCUGGACAGGUCCAGUGCAUAUUACUCCGCAACACCUCCGGGACCGAUUCGGGCGAUAAAUUCCCAUAUGACACUUCUGGGUUCAAGGACCUCAACCAGUCAAAUUACAUGUUCUUCUUGCACGCGGAUGACCUGACCAACUUGGAUCUCGCGAAUGGAGACUGUUACAACAAGUCCAUCCCCCAAAAUCUGACAUUUAGCUACCAGGGACUACCAGAUGGCUUGGGAGCUACCCCAACAUCAGUCAAUGGUUCCGCAAAUCACACUGGAGCAGCGAGUGGAUUAUUGAAGGAGUCGGCCAGUGCAAAAAGCCUGGUGGCUUUGGUCGCGGCGAUGGCUACGGCCACUUUUAUGUUCUUGUAG